CUGUUGAAUUUGUUUGAAUUUGCUAAUUUGCCACGCUUUGCUUUAUGGCUUCUAACCUUUUUUUGGCUAGAUGAUCUGCCCACGCUGAUUACUGGACCUCACCCCAACCAGCCUGACAUCCUUGAUGUACCUUCUGUUGAUGAGGGGACCCCUUACCUCACAAACAAUAGGUAUGACAAUGGAAACGGUAUCCAACUUCCAGGCUCAUCAGGGCACCCUCAGACAAUAGGACACCAAGGUCAGCAAGUCUUCUUUGAGGAGCAUGGCUACAGACGGCCUGUACCCACCACGGCAACUCCCCUUAGGCCUGGGUCGAGACGGCAGCCUCCAAAUGUAGAUGAAGCAAUCGAAAUCCCAGGGUACCAAGUGCCAAUCAUAGUUGAACCUUCUUACCCCCACUCCCGUGGGCCCAGGCGCAACGACACCACUGGCCAAGAAGCUCUUUCCCAGACAACCAUCUCCUGGAGGCCUUUGCUGGAGAGCACUGAGUACAUCAUCUCAUGCCAACCAGUCAGCCAGGACGAAGAUACUUUGCAGUUCAGGGUUCCUGGCACUUCCUCCAGCGCUACGCUCACUGGCCUCACCAGAGGGGCCACCUACAACAUCAUAGUGGAAGCCCUGAAGGAUCACCGGAGACAGAAGGUGCUGGAAGAGGUGGUCACAGUUGGCAAUACUGGUAAGCGAAAGUCUUACGGAGUUUAGGUGAAACUUUGCUGUACUUGCCUUGCUUUCUU